GGCCAGAGGACAUCGGACCAGUACCACAGCUGCGGCGAACCCUGCACCAAAUGGUGGAGUGGGACGGCGACGGCGACGGCGACGCCACAGACCACAGCACGACGUCGUCGCCGGGCGGCGAGGCGUCGGCGUCCGCCUCGGCGUCGGGGUCGCGCCGCUGCCCGUCCGAGGACGACGCCCUGUCCGACGAGUUGUCGCUGGCCGCGCUCGGGGGCGGCGUGGGCGGCUGCGGGCCGGCGCGCGGCGGCGGCGGCGGCGUCGCCGUGCGCAAGAUGUUCACCAACAGCCGCGAGCGCUGGCGCCAGCAGAACGUCAGCGGCGCCUUCGCGGAGCUGCGCAAGCUCGUGCCCACGCACCCGCCCGACAAGAAGCUCUCCAAGAACGAGAUCCUCCGCAUGGCCAUUCGGUAUAUCAGACUGCUGACUAACGUCCUCGACUGGCAGAAACAGCAACAGCUGCAACAACAGCAGCAGCCCCAAAAGUUCUUCCACAACAACAACCACAACAACAGCAGCAACGGGCUGCAACACCACAUGCACAACGGGGGCAGGCAUCGCGACGUGGGGGUGCAGCCGCUGGUGAAGCGGGAAGUGGGGACCGCAGCGAGUGUCCUCAAGAGGGAGCACAACCACGGCCACGGCACCAACGGCCUGCUCGUCCUCACCACGCCCGCCAUCAAGGUCGAGAGGGACGAGGACGACGAGGAUGACAACAGACACACAACACUUGUGAAUGAGAGUCAGCUAAGGAAGGUGCCAACUUGUUGGCAUCAUCACAGCCUUGGAUUGUCACUUGGCAAACCACCUCCUUCGCAUUCAUCAUCCUCUAGUGGAAACAAGUGACUAUAAAAGUGAUCUUGUUUAUCUGUGUUCUGACUCAGGGGAAUAAGUCAGCUGCCACCAUUUCAUUACCCUGGUGUCUUUCUACUGAGUUAACACAAGAGACUGAAAAAGUUAACUGUGAUUUAAAGUCAAAUGUUGUAGCUUUACAUUAGUGUUUAAUACAAUUUCUUGUGUAUAGUUUCACAUAAAUUACAUUUUAAAAUGAAUGACAGUGCAUAUAUAUGUUUAUUGUGAUAUGUGUUU